GUGCAGUCUAGAUCCUAACAGAACGUAAGGACUACAGCCUAGAGGCUAAUGAGUGUUCGUGUAUUUCUGGACAGCCAUGCGGUGCAGCGCGCUCCUCUGGCGCUGAUAAGAGCAGUGUGUGGCUGGGUCUGGGAGCACUGGGCAGGUCCUCUGCUGUAGCCCUCGUCGAUUACCACAGGAAGACCCAGAUCUGGAGUCAAAACCAGUGCAGCGCCAUGGGUGGAACCACAGACUCAAACCCCACCGGGCAAGCCCGGACCGUGAGGUGGAUUCUGUUGCUGUGGUGCCUGACAGCUGUGAGACUAGCUACCGGAACAGAGGAUGGAAUGACCGAGACCAAUAAAGACAGUCUCGAUGUGCAGAUCCUAGGCCCAGGCUACGUGACAGUCGGCGUGCCUUCCAGCUUCGAGUGCGAAGCCAACUGCAAGUCCAAACCGUGCAACUACUUCAUGACCAUGGACAAACGGGCAUCUGCUGGCCAGGGCAACGUGCUUGCCUUCACGCUGACCCAGUGGGUAGAGGCGCUGUCCCUGACUUGCACUGCCAAGGAUGAACAGACGAGGGCAACAAAGACUGUGACAAAGAAACUGCAGGUGUUAGCUGGACCGUCAAACGUCUCGAUCUCAGGCCCUGACUUGAUGACCCCCCUGGCUAGCCACGGCUACACUUGUCAUUCCUACUGCCGGCCUUCGUGCGAAUACACCUGGCGGGUUGACGACGGCCCCUGGGUGGCCGGCCAGGGGAACGUCAUCGGCGUCAUUCCCCGGCACCACGACACGGCUAAAACCCUCAUGUGUAGAGCCACCAACACGGUGUCCGGCCUCUUUGCGGCCAAGAUCCAAGACAUCGCCGUAUCAUCCGGUCCCCCGGAUGUUCAUAUCCAGGGCCCGAGCUCCAUGCAGCUCGACGUCCGGACCAGAUUCGUCUGCCUGGCGGACUGCAUGCCAGCGUGCCGCUACACCUGGACGCUCGGCGAUCACACGGUGAGAGGAAGCGCCAUUGAUGUCACGGUCGUUCAGCCACGGAAGACCGUUUCCCUGAAAUGCGAGGCGCAGAACACAGUGACCAGGAAGUCACACACGGUGUUGAAAACCGUUUUUCUCGGAGAUCACUCGCUGGCCACUCGUGCUGAGGAGAGGUCAGCUCUGCUCCUAUGCGGCCUCAUCGUCUCGGCUGGGAUUCUCAUUUGAUCCACACGAGGGAGACAUUUUAUAGGAUGUUAAGACUAUUUUUUUUAAAGGACUUUUAAAGCUUUCUACUACAAGCGCACUCAUAAAGUAAUUAUAAAUAGGCUUUCUACCAAGUCAUUAAGAUGUCGUAUGUGUAACACAUUGCAUUUAGUUAAAAUAGAAAAUUCAUUACAGCCUGUUUCAUUAAUUACUAGGCCAAUAGGAUGAUAUAAAUAGCCUGAUCAAAAUACUUAAAUUACUAAUGUUUCACUAUCUAUAUGUAUCAUGUUUUAAUAAAAACAAUAAUAUAGAGCUUGUCUAAAAAUAUAGAGGUGAUUAUAAAAUGAUAUACAAUUCUAUUUCAAACAUUAUGCAAUGAUGUUUUUAUUUUACCUAAGCUAAACUCGUGCUGAAAUAUAAUUUAUUGUAUGUGAAUACGUUUUUUCCUCAUUAUUGCAGUCAUUGCUUGCUGCUCAUCAUGUUUCAAGUUAAAGCACUUAAUAACCAAUAAUAACCACAAACAAUACCUAACAAACAACACUUAAAACUCUUUGUUGAACACUUGUAUGAGCCUUGUGAUGAGUAUUGUUGAGGAACACACUUUCUUGGUGGGAUGCUAUAUAUGCUACAUAUAAAUUAUGUAUCCCCUCAGUUGCAGACAAUUUGGAUGAUUGUACUGUUUAAAUCAUUAAAUUGCAUUACGUGUAUGAUUCAAUACCUUUCAUGUGUUUGGAAUACAUCAUUUCAAUAAUAAAUAUAGAAAAUUAUUUGCAAAAAGUGGUUUGGAGUGACAUCU